UUCUCCUCCGUCCAGGUUCACAGUAACAACAUGUUCCCCCGUGGUGUAAAGAUCUUCUCCUCCGUUUCCUGCUGGUUUAAGCCCCGCCUCAUCGCCGACUGGGAGGCGGAGCCUGUGGCGUUCAAGACGGUGCUGGACGACAGGAACCCGAGCGCCCGCUACGUCACUGUGCCACUGAACCGCCGCACCGCCAAAUCCCUCCGCUGCCGCUUUUACUUUGCCGAUGUCUGGAUGAUGUUCAGCGAAAUCUUCUUUCAGUCGGAGGACACCGUACUCCCGACCCUGAUGCCCCUGGGGUCGACCUCCCCUGCAGUCAAGAAGGACAGCACCAUGUCAACCACUCCUAUGACAGCCAAUCCAUCAGCCAGUGAGCCACCAGAUGAUGGUAACACGCCCAUCCUGAUUGGCUGCCUUGUCACCAUCAUCCUGCUGUUGGUCGUCAUCAUCUUCCUCAUCCUCUGGUGCCAGUACGUCUGCAAGGUGCUGGAGAAAGCUCCUCGUCGGAUCUUGGACGAAGAGGUGACAGUUCGGCUGUCGUCCUGCAGUGACACCAUCAUCCUCCAGACCCCUCCUGUGCCCCCCCGCUCUGGCCACGCAACCGCCAACACUGACCCUCACUACGAGAGAGUUUUCCUGUUGGACCCGCAGUACCAGAACCCGGCGGUGCUAAGAAACAAGCUGCCAGAGCUGUCACAGAGUGCAGAGGCCUCAGCGUGUGGAGGAGGAUACGCCGAGCCUGACGUCACCCAGUGCACGCCGCACCAGUGUUUCCAUAGCAACGCACCGCACUACGCUGAGACGGACAUCGUGCGGCUGCAGGGCGUCACCGGCAGCAACAUGUACGCCGUCCCCGCCCUCACCGUGGACUCGCUCACCAGGAAGGACAUCUCUGCCGCCGAGUUCCCACGGCAACAGCUGAUCUUCAGGGAGAAGCUGGGGGAGGGGCAGUUUGGAGAGGUCCACCUGUGUGAGGCAGAGGGACUCCCAGAGUUCCUUGGGGAGGGGUCUCCUCUCCCUGACAGAGAUGGUCGUUCUGUACUGGUGGCUGUUAAACAGCUGAGGGCCGACGCCACCAGCCAAGCAAGGAACGACUUCCUGAAGGAAAUAAAGAUCAUGUCUCGUCUGAACGACCCCAACAUCAUCCGGCUGCUGUGUGUGUGUGUGUCGUCCGACCCACUGUGCAUGGUGACCGAAUACAUGGAGAAUGGAGACCUCAACAUGUUCCUGUCGCAGCGGGAGAUCGAGAGCACGCUGACACACGCCAACAACAUCCCUUCAGUCAGUCUGUCCGACCUGCUGCACAUGUCGGUGCAGAUCUCGUCGGGGAUGAAGUAUCUGGCGUCUCUGAACUUUGUGCACCGCGACCUGGCCACCAGGAACUGCCUGCUGGACCGCCGCCUCACCAUCAAGAUCGCCGACUUCGGGAUGAGCCGUAACCUGUACAGCAGCGACUACUACCGCAUCCAGGGCCGGGCAGUGCUGCCCAUACGAUGGAUGGCCUGGGAGAGCAUCCUGCUGGGUAAGUUCACCACGGCCAGUGACGUGUGGGCGUUUGGCGUCACCCUUUGGGAGAUCUUCACUCUGUGUAAGGAGCAGCCUUACAGCCUGCUGUCCGACGAACAGGUCAUAGAGAACACUGGCGAGUUCUUCAGGAACCAGGGCAGACAGAUCUUCCUCUACGGCCCUCCACUCUGCCCACCUUCGCUCUUUGAGCUGAUGAUGUGUUGUUGGAGUCGCGACAUACCGGACCGACCCACCUUCGAGGGACUUUACGAAGCCCUGAGGCCUCAUGUCAACCAGUGAGCUGAGGCUGCUGGGACGUACCACUCUGCGGGUUUGUCCAUCUCUGGACUCCUGUAAGACAACAGACUGACACUAGAAGACAGACGACUGGAAUUGUGUUACAAGAGUAAGUCACUCUCUGAGGGAAUAAAGAAACUAGCAGAACUGUGGUCCGAAGGUUUGCUUUGUGGUCGCAGCAGCACUCUAUUCUGAGAGACAAGAUGGAGGUAGAAAUGGCUGUUCAACUCAGAGGAGAUCCAAACCUUACAGUUGUUAGUAAACAAAGAUUUCUAAGCUUUUUAAAGAUUUCUAUUAUUGCUGAUUUGACAGUUUCAUCCAUCUCUUUAAAGCCCCUUUGACCAAAACGUCUUCUCGGACCUUUUGACAUAUCUUUUUUUUCCAUGUUGUCAUGGGGCCAAAGGUGCCAUAAACUUUAUUUUUCUUCUUUUCUGUGACUUUUACAGAUGCCAACAACUGGACAGACUUUUCAGUCUUGGUCAUUUCUCCUGUCCCUGUGGUUUUUAUUAUUAUUGUAAAGCACUGUCUGUGUCUCAGUUAUUCAUGUUCAUUUAACCCACACUGGAGCUAGGGUUAGGGUCAAAGUGUAGUGUAGUUUGUUUUUAGAUUUUUAUUCUAUUUUAAUUGUUAUGCAGUAUUUCACUUGUGUUGGUCUUUUUUGUGGAUAUGAAUGUUGAUUAGCUGAGGUUCACAUCACGAUGCCAAGAGGCUGCGUUGAUACCUGUGUGGUUCAAAGAGUGCAAGUCAGUCAGUGGGUAACUGUGUGUAAUUAAGGAGAGAAAUUGAAGGGCAGGCACAUUGAAACCAAAAAAUAAAAUGUGUUGUGCCUAUUGUGUUGCCAAAGAGAAAUAAAGAGUGUAAAUGAUAAAACAAUAUCAUGAUAAUGCAUUUGUAAAAGAAAAAGUAAUUGUUGUGAAUGGACUAAACAAUGUACCAUUACCAUCUGCCAGUUGGUGCAUGCUUAAAUUCAAAGUGCCUUACAUUUGUAACAUGAGUGGAAACUAAGCCAACAUUAACAACACGAGUACUGAUAGCAGGGACAGUAUCUAAUGCAAAGAUCUAAGGUCAAGGUAUCACUUUACCUGUGUCUGUGCUGGGGCCUAUAAAAUGUACUUUAAAUGUGUAUAUGUCUAUGUUGGAGCCCGGAGACCUGUAGGUGUAUACAUUAGCCAGCUAACCAUAGAGCUAUAGGAGUUUCACAUUUUAAGUUUGUAUUUUCAUCACUAGAAUUGAACUUAAAUUAUGAUUGAAAUAUUCACCAAACUGUGACGGGGGCUUUGCAGCAUCUCAAACUAGGAUAGAGAUAAAAAGCUAGCAAGUAGUUAUACCCGUUUGGUUAACGGCAAAUCCACACUGAGAGUGUUUUUGACGUCCGUCACUCAUUCGUCUCCAGGAACUGAUGUGCUUCCUUUUUACUAAACGUAUGAAUCCAUACUGAGAGACGCACUGUGGUUCUUUACGCUUCAAAUCCAUUGUUGUCGUUUAGUAGGAGUAAUCUACGUAGACAGCUGUUUAAAUCACACAAAUAUUUAGCUGUACAUGUUUGUUUAUCUCUGUGAGCGUGCCUGUUUCACAAAAGGCAGAUUACCCUCACUCACUAAUGUGGGCGGGGAAAUAAAAUCAUUAGGUCUACAUUGAAACACUGUUGAUGUCCUGAUUCUUAGUUAGCCAGCCGCUGUCUACUCAGCUCCCCAGGACGGCACAGAGUCAGAGGGGACGACAGAACUCUUACGUCAACCCGUUAGUACUGAAGACAGUGAAGACACUAAAGCCCUGUUGAGAGAGUAGCACAGUCUCUGCUAAUGUACUUGCUAAAGAGCUCGCUACUUCUCUGGGGUUCAUACAUGCAACUACCUUUUUUUCUUGCUGUCUAACUAACUAACUAACUAACUAGCAAAAUACUCAGCAAGUAAGCUCGGUUAUGCUAAAACCAGGUUUGUCUUCAUUCUAAAAACUGUGGAGACGUUAGAGCUUUCACCAAAUGAGUUUGGUCUUCGCCUAGUUGGACAGUGCUAUGAUUAGACUAUCUCUGGUAUGAUGUUAAAGACAUGCUAUAGCAGCUGAGCUAAUCACACCAUACACAGGUAUCAUUUCGGUGAGCGGAGACGAGAAACAACAUGUACAAUUUUGGCUGAACGUAGCAGAACUACUGUGUUAGAGAGGGACCCUCUGAGCUGAGGGCCAAUUAGCCACUAGAGACUGAGGGAGAUGGACAGAUGGAGCCAUCAGACAAGUCCCGCCUCUCACUGCAUUAUCCAGCCAAUCACUGCAGUCAAUCCUAAUGCCCUGCAAAAGAUUCAUUUAAAAACACUUCUGCAAUUGAAAGGCUAAAGUAAUUGCCUUUUAUAAAAUCAAUACAGAUUGUUGUUCACCCAAUAGCAUUUGAAAGAGUUUUGUUUGCAGAACUAAUGCGGGAUAGAUGCAGGACAAAACAAAACAAAUACAGUUCUGUUGACUUUACAGUUUCUAUUUUCAGCAAUCUGAAGUAAACUAUGGAAAGGUGGACGUGGAGAAUACAUGUACUGCAUCAUUUAUUAGCCAUAAUAUCAGGAUAACUGGAGGAAGUAAAAGGUGAUUGGUCAACAUUGCAUCUGGAUUAACAUGUGUGAUUAGGUUUAAGGCGGAUCAUUGUCAACAUUAUUAAACAUUGUUUUUUUGUUCCAGUAUGUUUAUGUUGUAGUCACUUUGUUAGUGUUAGUGUGUAUUAUGUGCAUUACAUGUGUGCAGUAUUUUGAAUCCUCUCUGUUAAACAUGUCAAAUGUAAAUCAAUAUCACCUUCACAGGAGAGAAGGAGGAAGACCAACUAUGUUAAGUUUCAGUGUGUUUGUUGUUACCGUAGUGUUUUUUUAUUUUAAAUAUCUGUACUGUAUCUCACUUCUAUGAGUGUGUGUAUGCAUGUGUUUAAGAGAAAAUGAGUUUUGUGAUCGAGUGUUUGUGACAUUCCUUUGAGCACUGGGAGCUAGUUGGGAUUAAAGUGUUUAACCGGAGUUGCUCUGUUGAGUCAAAUGAUGUGAUUCAAUGAGGGCAAAGAGACGUUUUAAAGCAAGAGGACAGGAAGUAAGGAAACCACUAAACUCAAUCUCCCAGAGUCCUUUGCUACAGUGAGCCUGUGUAUUUUGUUCUGGUUCCAUUAGAGAAAUAGUGUACAGUAUAAGUGAUCUAUAAUAUCUCAGUGUGUGAAUGCAGAUCACGUGUGAUAAUUGUUAUUAAUAUAGGAGCUGAUUCUCUGAUUAUUUCUAUUCUGGGAAGGUGUUGGGUUCUUUUCUUUUUUUCCAACAGGAAUUUGAACAUUUCUGCUUCAGACAUGUAUUGUACAUAGGCUAGUAGCUGUGUAUAUUAAUAUAUUGGGAGGUGGGAACUGUGUGUUCUGUCAUCCCAAGUCAUUUUCACUCUGUACCCUCUCAUGUCUCCGUUUGUUUUUCUUAUAAUAAACAGUCAAUUUUGUCAAACAGAA